UUCCGUCCUUUCACCACCUGUACCCUAUGAACAGAGAAGCAAAAUGACGGGUAGGGGAAAACCAUCUCCAAAAUGCCCGAAUACAGCGAAGAGUACCGGGAGCACUGUCAAAACACAAACAAAGGAGCCGUCUUUGUCGAAAGAGGCUGAGGCGCACGACUCUACUCCAGCUCAAACCAAGUGCGCGAUACAGACGCCGGCAAAAGCGAAAAAUCCGAAGUGUGCCAGAGGACCAAGCGCAAGGAGUCCAGCAGAAAGCGUGAAAGAGCCGAAUCCACCCCCACAACAGGGCAAAGAGGGGCGCAGAAAACCGGAUCCUGAUCCAAAGCAACCCACAUCACGUAACGAAUCACGAGUUCUUUUCAGGACUUUAGAAAAACUGAAGAUCAAACAACUUGCGCGGAGCAAUGCCUCAAAAAUACAAAAUGAAGUCGUCGAGAAGAUCAAAACUCAUAUGGAGAAGUCUAGUAAUUUUAAAAGAAUCAAGAUUUUACCAACCGGCAGCUACUUCGAAAAUCUCAAGAUUGGUAAUCCCGACGAAUUUGAUGUGAUGUUCACAGUCCCUGCGGACAGGGUAGAUGUACAGCCUUUCGGCUCAGAUGGAGCCUAUUACAGCGUGAAAUUCAAGCGCAAUCCAAACCAUGACCUGAAAGAGUUUCUAUCGGAUGAUGGUAUUUUGUGCGCCAGAGACAUGCUGACGGCAUUUCGAAGUGAAGUAAAAGCAGCCAAGAAAACUAUAGCAAUCAAAGGCUUAAAGAUGGAGCCCAAGAAAGCUAAAUCUCCAGCCGUGACUCUGACACUGAAGGUAGACGACAGUGAGAUCUCAAUUGAUAUCGUCCUCGGCCUAAGGGUUGAAGGCAGCUGGCCGUCUUGUGCUCAAGAAGGCAUGGUAAUUGAAAAAUGGCUCGGCACGAAGGUGAAACGGGAUUACAAGUUCAAGCCCUACUAUCUGGUUCCCAAGCACGAAGGGAGAGCAAAUGAAGUGGAAAGUGGAGUUCGUGCAGAAGAGGUCUGGAGGAUCUCCUUUUCGCACGUGGAGAAGGAAAUCAUGAAAAACCACGGCUCAGAAAAAACCUGCUGCGAGAAAAAGGGGGCAAAAUGCUGCAGAAAGCAGUGUCUGAAACUGCUGAAGCACCUUCUUGGGGAACUCAAGGACAAACACCCGAAAGAGUUGUCCAAGUUCUGCUCCUACCACGCCAAGACCACCCUCCUGCUUGCCUGCACAGAGCGAACUAGUGAUGGCGAGUGGGGACUCUCCAAUCUCCACGACUGCUUCCAGCUUCUGCUGCAGGAUUUCGUGAGACACUUGAAGCGUAAAACACUGCCAAACUUCUUCAUUCCCCAGCAUAACCUUCUCGGCUCUGUCGGUGUUAAGACCUGCAAUGAUCUUGCGACCUGUAUAAAAAAUGAACUCACCGACGGGUUCCCAAUUUUCAAAGAAUAUCUUCUUAAGGACUAACCAAAGCAGUUUUCGAUUUAUGUUUUGAUAUUGUUUACAUUUGUAUUGUUUAAUGAUGUAUGCAACCAAAAUAAAUCAAUAAAAUACACAA